AUGCACUGUUCCAUCACCCCCAUCGCUCUCGGGCUUAUCGCAGGGUCUGCCGUGCUUUUUAUACUGGCUGGUUGGGACGGCCUGCAACCUGCAGAUGUCGGUCGCGAUUCUUGGCUCAACGAAACCAUCCAUCAACUGAGCCACUUUGAAACGCUGCCAAAUGGCACCCGCUACUACAAUUGGACGAACGAGGAAACGGGCGAGCUCGAAUACAAGGAAGCCACCUGGGCGUUCGACCGCUUUUGGGCCGGCUACUUCCGGUACUUCUUCGGGUCGACCUGGGACAACUUUUGCUGGCCGCGGAACGACACGGAAUAUGUGCCCAACACCUUCUCGAUCUUCCGUAUAUUCCAAUUGCGCCCGUAUAGUCAGAGCCUAAUCCGGACCGUUGUCCUCGGCACGAUGGGUUUCCGGAUUUUCGCGACGCUUUUCGUCGUCAUCGGCCGAUUACGGGAGGAGAAUACGUUUGGGAUGAGAGCCCUCAGCUACUUGGCCAUGUUUUUGACCGUCACCGAAUGUCUGGCCUCAUUCGCGCUCACCGACCUACAGAUUUGGCAAGACAAGCAGCUGGCCCAGCUGCUCCACCCGUGCGCGAUCGCCUUUUUCACGAUCGUGCCGACGCGGAUGAUGGUCAUGUUUCAGAUCAUCAAUUCACGGCUAGUAGCCGAGCGUCGGGUGUUGUGCUGGCCGGUGGCGCUGUGCCUGAGCUGCGUGUUUUUGGUGCUGUCGUCGGCGCAUCCGUUGUAUGAAGAUAUGGUCGCCUAUGAACUCUAUCCCUACUGCGACAUCUACACCGGUGGAAAGCAGAUGUUGGCCUGGGCCAGUCUGAUUGUCGGCAUGUUCGCUUGGACGGUGCACGAGGCUUUAGCGACCUCAUCAUUCCACAUACUAAUCGUCCCGUUACCGCGCGACUUCGAGUGGGACGCAGGAUCGACCGUCUACCAGCCUGCUUGGUCACUUAAUAGAAAACCAGAAAAACUUCCUAAAUUC